AUGAAUCACAUCAGAGCAACACGGUCGAUAUGGAGUAGAAGCGCGAUACCCAAGCGCAUAGGCCAGACAUCACGAAGAACAUACGCAGCCGAAGCACCAGCACCGCAUCCCCCCAGCUCGCCGCCAAACCCAAACUCCGCACCGCCGCCAAAAGAGCCAUCGCGGGUAGGCGCAUACUACGGUACCUUCGGCUCGCCCCUCCUAAAAUGCUUCCUCGGCGCCCUCUUCACAUACCAACUCACCUACUACCUGUGGUACAAACUCGAAACCAUCGAAGAGAAACACGACACAAAAGCCGAGAUACGCGAUUUGCAAGAGGAGCUGCGGCAGGCGAUUGAGAAACAGCGGUGGAUGGCGCAGCAGAAGUGGGGGCAGGCUACUGAGGCGAUGGAGAGGGAGAGGGAGGAGUUUGGACAGGCGGUUGAUGCGGUUGUGGAGGAGUCCAAGCCUCAUUGCGCAGAAGUCAUUUCCAUCAAUCCACCGAAUGGCCAUGCUGUCGAGUUCUUUUAUAAGAUUGACAUGACUGCAGUAUCAAUAGCACUCUGUGGUGACUCGUUAUAG